CGUUAAUAUUUUAACUUUAUCAAAUUUUGCGUUAUUAGCUAGUGUCGAUCCAUUUAGCAAGUACUUCUACAUAGCUAAAAGUUCAUAGAAUUGAUCAUUUUAAGUAUAUUUAUUUAUUGAAUUUAAAUUGAUAAGUAAUUUUAUGAAGGUAUAUAAAAUAGAUUAGUGCUAAUACCCUCUUAUCUUUUCACUUUCACCAUAAUCAACAUAGUCAUAUAAAAUAAAAGAAACACUUCCAAUAUUCGUUUAAAUAAAAUGGGUUUUAAAUUUUCUCUUUUGCUAUGUGCUCUAUUGACGUGUACUUUGGCUGAAAGGCCUACUUUUUCUAAGUUCGCUAGAAAACCAAGAUUCAAAGAAUUAUAUGGAAAACUUGAUGCUAAUAUUAGAGUAGGAGAUGCAGGUGAACCGUUAAUAUUAACUGAUUAUUUGAAAGAAAAUAAAAUUCAAGAAGCUCAAGCUGCCGCUGAAGUAGACCCAACAUUAUUCUUAGGAGUAAAGAGUUAUUCUGGGUAUUUUAGAAUUAAUGAAGCCACAAAUGCCAAUUUAUUCUUUUGGUUCUUUCCAUCCCAAUCUAACUAUGCAGAGGAUCCUGUUAUACUUUGGUUACAAGGAGGUCCAGGUUGUUCUUCUAUGUUUGGUUUAUUUGAAGAACAUGGACCAGUUCAACUGGUUGGAGAUAACCAGCUAGAAAUUAGAAAUACUUCUUGGUCAAAAUCUAAUUCGAUUCUUUAUAUUGACCAACCAGUUGGUACAGGCUUUAGUUUUACCAACGGAGAGUUUGUUAAAAAUCAAACACAAGUAGGUGCUGACCUUUAUAUUGUUUUACAACAGUUUUUCCAGCUUUUUCCAGAAUUACAAUCUAAUAACUUCUUUAUAACUGGAGAAUCUUAUGGAGGUAAAUACGUUCCUGCUAUAAGUUACACGAUAUUACAGAAUAAUCCAAAUGCUGAUUUAAAAAUUAACCUCAUAGGAUUAGCUAUUGGAAAUGGUUGGAGUUCUCCUAAACAUCAGUUAAGAUAUGCCGAUUAUUUGUUACAACAUGGUUUAAUUGAUUCAAAUACUAGAGAUGUAAUGUUUGACUUAGAGCAGCAAGCUGUCAACUCUAUCAAUAAAGGAGACUUCAACGAGGCAAAUUUGUAUAUGGACGCCGAUUUUAGAGGCCAAUUUUCUAAAUUUACUUUAGCUACAAACUUUUCAAAUGGUAACAAUUAUCUUGUUGAAGACAGUGAUGAAUCAGGUGACGAAUGGGUAGGCAAUUUUUUACAAAGGGAGGAUAUAAGAAGAGCAAUUCACGUUGGAAACACUCCAUUCAGUAAUGGUAAUGAAGUUUACGACAGUUUAAUAGAAGAUAUUCCAAAAUCUGUAGCUCAUUGGGUUGAAGAGCUUUUGGAAAACUACAGAGUAUUAAUUUAUAACGGACAGUUAGAUCUGAUAGUUCCUUAUCCGGUUACCAUAGAUUAUAUAAAAAGUCUUAAUUUUUCGGGGGCUGAUGAUUACAAGAAGGCGUUACGAUUCACGUGGUUUGUCGGAAACAGAAUAGCUGGAUAUUCUAAGAGUGCUGGAAAUCUAACAGAAGUUUUAGUGAGAAACGCUGGCCAUAAUGUACCUUCAGAUCAACCAGAAUGGGGACUAGAUCUGAUUAACCGAUUUGUAAAAAAUCAGCCGUUUACAAAUUAAAAAUAUUAUUUUUUAUAUUUACAAACUUAAAUAAAAAUGUUUAAGUACCUAAACGCUUUUUAAAUUACAAAAUUAAUUUUUAGUUUGAACUAUUUCACCAGUAAAUAAAUGAUGC